AUGAACGUUAAAAUCAAGGACUUAAAUAACGAGAAAAACAGCCUAAUUACUGUAAUUAAGAUUCUACAGGAGGAUCAACAUAAUGAACAGCCAUGGAGUGUUGAAACCAAACAAAAGAAGAUCCAAAGACAAAGCAUACCACCCACCGAUAAAACAUCAAACAAUGGCGAACCAUUAAGAUCAAACAAUCGAUAUUCCAUUUUAAGUGACACAGACAAUGAACACAAAGUUGUUAUAACAUCUCAAGUGAGUAAACCCCUGGACAGAGAUAAUCUAAAACAACAUAAUAACAAGAAUCAAGCGCGUCACAAUGCCAAACAACCUAGUGAGGAAGAAAAACGAAUGAAUGAAUAUGCCCAAACCAAAAGAACUGAACCAAAGAGUCAACAAAGCGACCAGGAGAGAUGUGAUAGGCAUGAUUCCCAAUUCAAUAAACCCAGAGUUGCUAUACUAGGAGAUCCUAUGCUUAAACAUUUGAAUAUCAAAAGAAUGCAAAAUGGACUGAGUAAACAGAAAAUUAAUAUUAAAACAUUUCCAGGUGCAGGAAUUGAUCAAAUGAAACAUGUCGUUCCUACCCUGAACACAACGCCGGACAAACUUAUUCACAUUGGAACUAAUGACCUCCAUAACAAAACACCAGAUAACCAACUGAAGUCAAUAAAUAAUCUUGGGCAGACAAUCACACAACAGAACAAGGAUAAUCACUGA